CAUGCCCUACAUGGGGAUUGGUGGAAGCGGUCAUUUGCAAAAGUAGGCGAGUCUAUUUAAAGCUUGCUUUUUGCCGCCAGUCUCGUUUCGCCGCCUUUUGCUGGCUCAGGUGCUUUGUUGGUCUCUUUUGUUCGUGCUUCUUUGAUUAUACAACCUUUAGCAUGUCGGACAAGCUGCCAUACAAAGUUGCUGACAUCAGCCUUGCAGAAUGGGGUCGCAAAGCUCUCGAGAUUGCUGAGAAUGAGAUGCCAGGACUGAUGAAGAUGAGGGAGAUGUAUUCUUCUUCAAAGCCAUUGAAAGGUGCUCGGAUUGCUGGUUGCUUACACAUGACCGUACAGACCGCAGUUCUGAUUGAAACUCUAGUGGCCUUGGGUGCUGAGGUGCAGUGGUCAAGUUGCAAUAUUUUCUCCACUCAGGAUCACGCUGCUGCAGCUAUUGCCAAAACUGGAAUUCCUGUAUAUGCCUGGAAAGGAGAAACUGAUGAGGAAUAUAUAUGGUGCAUAGAGCAGACUCUCCACUUCAAGGAUGGCCAGCCUUUGAACAUGAUUCUUGAUGAUGGCGGAGACCUCACCAAUUUAGUUCAUACCAAAUAUCCCCAGCUCUUGAAAGGAAUCAAAGGAGUCUCUGAGGAGACCACAACUGGGGUCCAUAAUCUCUAUAAAAUGAAAACCAAUGGAACCCUGAAGUUGCCUGCUAUCAAUGUCAAUGAUUCUGUCACCAAGAGUAAAUUUGAUAAUCUCUAUGGCUGCCGAGAAUCCCUCAUUGACGGCAUUAAGCGUGCCACAGACGUAAUGAUUGCAGGGAAAGUGGCCAUUGUGGCAGGCUAUGGUGAUGUUGGCAAAGGCUGUGCUCAAGCCCUGAGAAGCUUUGGUGCUAGGGUCAUCAUCACGGAAAUUGAUCCAAUCAAUGCGCUGCAGGCAGCCAUGGAAGGUUAUGAAGUUACAACAAUGGAAGAGGCUUGCAAAGAAGGCAACAUAUUUGUUACCACCACUGGAUGUGCAGAUAUUGUGCAGGGGAGACAUUUUGAGCAGAUGAAAGAUGAUGCCAUUGUAUGCAACAUUGGGCACUUUGAUGUGGAAAUUGAUGUGAAAUGGCUGAACGAGAAUGCUGUGGAGACAGUGAACAUUAAACCUCAGGUGGACCGUUACACACUGAAAAAUGGCCGUCACAUCAUACUUUUGGCAGAAGGCAGACUGGUGAACUUAGGGUGUGCCAUGGGUCAUCCCAGUUUUGUCAUGAGCAACUCGUUUACCAACCAGGUGCUGGCACAGAUAGAGCUCUGGACAAAUCCUGGCAAAUAUGCUGUAGGAGUCCAUAUUCUGCCAAAGAAGUUGGAUGAAGCUGUAGCUGCUGCUCAUCUGGAUAAACUCUGUGUGAAGCUGACAAAGUUGAGCGAUAAGCAGGCAAAGUAUCUGGGACUACCAAAAGAUGGUCCCUUCAAACCAGAUCAUUACAGAUACUGAGUUGCUGACGUGGCACAAUGAUUUCAAGACGCAGGGAUAAAAAUCUUCCAAAGUAUAUGCUUCAGAGAACAGCUCCAACCUCUGUCGUUGUUGCCGUCAUUGCCAAACAUGUUUCAUAGGGGUUCUCUUGGUCCAGCUUAUCUCAUCUGUUUCCCCACCACCUGCACCCCCGGCACAGCUCUCUAGAAGAAACCCUCCUGAGACUUUCCCAAGGAACUCUCUGAACAGCAGUUUAGUCAGUGCCUCAGUUUGGAGGGUCUGAAAGAGUUUGCAAGUUCAGCUCUCUGCUGAUCUUUGUCUCCAGGGUCCUGUCUGCCUCUUUAAACAACUAUACUACACAAUAGGUUUUGGGGCGGUAGAAAACAGCAACCCACUUCCUGCAAAAGUCUUUUCCUCACUGCCGCAGUAAGCAGGGGUUGUGCUUUACUGUAGGCUUCAUCCAAAUACUUCCUAGUGGAUAUUUAAUGAAGCCUGUCCAACUGGAACUCGGCUAGGGGUGCGCUGAAAACGGGUUGAAUACGAGUCUUGCUUAUAUAGGAUCGUUGCAACUCCCUGAUUGCAGGGUUUGCAGUGGGAUCUUGCUUUUGUAAUUGAAAUAUGGUCUACUUUGCACACAUGCCUCCUAAUCAGAACAUCCUUAGAUGUGUCUAGAAACAGCUUCCUUGCAUGUCACAAAACUGCUUCAGAAAGACUGGAGCCAGGGUUGGGGGAGUAUAUAGUUCUCUGAAGAUGGCUGCUCAGUCCUAGUUUUGUACUUGUGCCUGUCAUAGUGUCUUAAAAUGAGUUUUAUUAAAAAAAAAAAACACUUCA